GGUGCCGCAAAGGUGGGAGGCCAGCUCUGUGGCCAGGGGAUGGGAACCUCCCGAGGCCUGGAGGCUGUCCAGCUGGCUCCCCACACCCACCCCCAGCCCUCCGUGCCCUGUGACAAUGACCCAUGUCACAGGACCUCUGGGAGAAACCAAAUGAUGAGGCUGGGGAAGGGAUGGAACCAAGGUUGGGGGUUGUUUGUUUCUGGUUUGGGUUUUUAGAGAGGGAAGGGAGAGGCAGAGGCAGAGGGAGAGAGAGAAUCCCAAGCAGGCUCCACUCCCACCUCAGAGCCCGACGUGGGCCUUGAUCUCAUGUCCCUGAGAUCACGACCUGAACCGAAAUCAAGAGUCGGACGCUUGACAGACUGAGCCUCCCAGGAGCCCCUUGUUUUUGUUUUUUCUAAACAUAGGUCUGCAGCUUAUCUGAAGCUCCAAAACUAAGAUCAUUGUCAAAGUUUGCACAAAGUGAUUUGGUGUCAAAAUCUGACCUGAGAAUCAGUGUGAGGUUAUUAUAAUUUGUUGUUGUUGUUGUUGUUAUUAUAGUUUUUAUUUAACCCACCAGUGUAACUCUUUUACCACAGAAUGGGUGCUUGAUUGUUGUGCAUGUAAAUCGUAUUACCUUUUACCAAAUCCUAAAUAUUUUAAAUUCUGAAACAUUUGCCUCCAAGGAUUUCAAAACAAGAGACUGUGGACCUAUGGCAAUCUCCUGGCUGUUUCUGCAUUUUGCCCAAACGCCAUCCCUUAGUUUCAUCACUUGAUCCCUUCCACCUGGAGAAGUCAGUAACCUGAGUGACCCGAGCAAGGACCCACCGUCCCAGGGGGUGGUGUCUGAUCCCAUCCCUCCCUGAGGCUGGGAAGACUGAGGGGUUGGGGUGGGGCGGGACCAGGCCCAGGUUUCACGGAGGCUCCACCUAGCGGGGGCUGUUUCCACCCACCUGGAGGCCCCACCUCUGCCUUCCGUGGUGCCACUGACCACAGCUCUUCCUUCAGAGACUGACAUGGCCCAGCUGGUGAGAACACAGCUGCUGUUCCUUCUGGUGGGGGUGGCCGCAGUAUGGGCAGCCCGGCCCAGGACUGAGCUUCUCAGUGUCUGUAUGGACGCCAAGCACCACAAGGAAAAGCCAAGCCCGGAGGACCAGCUGCAUAAGCAGUGCAGCCCCUGGAAGAAGAAUUCCUGCUGCUUCGCCAACACCAGCCAGGAAGCCCAUAAGGAUAUUUCCUACCUGUACAAAUUCAACUGGGACCAUUGCGGACAUAUGACACCUUCCUGCAAAAGGCACUUCAUCCAGGACACCUGCCUGUAUGAGUGCUCCCCUAACCUGGGGCCCUGGAUCCAGGAGGUGAACCAGAGCUGGCGCAAGGAGCGCAUCCUGGACGUGCCCCUGUGCAAAGAGGACUGCCAGCAAUGGUGGGAGGACUGUCGCACCUCCUACACCUGCAAGAGCAACUGGCACAGGGGCUGGAACUGGACCUCAGGCUAUAACCAGUGCCCAGCGGGAGCUGCCUGCCUUCCCUUCCAUUUCUACUUCCCCACAUCAGCUGCUCUGUGCCGUGAAAUCUGGAGUCACUCCUACAAACUCAGCAACUACAGCCGAGGGAGCGGCCGCUGCAUCCAGAUGUGGUUCGACCCGGCCCAGGGCAACCCCAACGAGGAGGUGGCGAGGUUCUAUGCCCUGGCCAUGAGUGCCGGGGCCCUGCCCCGAGGGCUGGAGCCUCUCCUGCUCAGCCUGGCCCUGAUGCAGCAACUCUGGCUGCUCGGCUGA